AAUCCUGGGAGUUGGUGAUGUCAGACUCGUUGGGUCAUUUGAAGGUUAGCAGCCCGGGAAGGGUUCACCGAAAGUUCACUCGCAUAUAUUAGGCAAUUCAAUCUUUCAUUCUGUGUGACAGAAGUAGUAGGAAGUGAGCUGUUCGGAGGCAGGAGGGUCUAUUCUUUGCCAAAGGGGGGACCAGAAUUCCCCCGUGCGCGCUGUGCGAGGACUGGGAUGCCGAGGACGCGGGCGACCCGAGCUGGGUUGCUCUGGGCACCGUCGGGCUAAGCUCCGGACCGCAUUUGGAAGGCUUUUCGUCAGCGUUCGCUCCGAAGGAGAACUUGGAAUCUUUCUGGGAACCCCCCCUCCCCCCGCCCGGGCUGGAUUGGCCGAGCAAGCCUGGAAAAUGGUAAAUGAUCAUUUGGAUCAAUUACAGGCUUUUAGCUGGCUUGUCUGUCAUAAUUCAUGAUUCGGGGCUGGGAAAAGGACCAACAGCCUACGUGCCAAAAAAAGGGGCAGAGUUUGAUGGAGUUGGGUGGACUUUUCUAUGCCAUUUACCUCCACACCUAGAGGAUAAGCACUUCCGCAGACAUUCGGUGCAGGGGAGAUCAUGUUUGACUGUAUGGAUGUUCUGUCAGUGAGUCCUGGGCAAAUCCUGGAUUUCUACACGGCGAGUCCGUCUUCCUGUAUGCUCCAGGAGAAAGCUUUCAAAGCAUGCAUCAGUGGAUUGACCCAAACCGAGUGGCAGCAUCGGCACACUGCUCAAUCCAUCGAAACCCAGAGCACCAGCUCUGAGGAACUGGUCCCGAGCCCCCCGUCUCCGCUUCCUCCCCCUCGCGUGUAUAAGCCCUGCUUCGUCUGCCAGGACAAAUCAUCAGGUUACCACUAUGGGGUCAGCGCCUGUGAGGGGUGUAAGGGGUUUUUCCGCAGAAGUAUUCAGAAGAACAUGAUUUACACUUGUCACCGAGAUAAGAACUGUGUUAUUAAUAAAGUCACCAGGAAUCGAUGCCAGUACUGCCGACUCCAGAAGUGCUUUGAAGUGGGAAUGUCCAAAGAAUCUGUCAGGAAUGACAGGAACAAGAAAAAGAAGGAGCCUUCCAAGCAGGAAUGCCCAGAAAGCUACGAAAUGACAGCCGAGCUGGAUGAGCUCACAGAGAAGAUCCGCAAAGCUCACCAGGAAACCUUCCCCUCGCUCUGCCAGCUGGGCAAGUACACCACGAAUUCCAGCGCUGACCAUCGCGUCCGGCUGGACCUGGGCCUCUGGGACAAAUUCAGCGAGCUGGCCACCAAGUGCAUUAUCAAGAUCGUGGAGUUUGCUAAGCGUCUGCCUGGUUUCACUGGCUUGACCAUCGCAGACCAGAUCACCCUGCUCAAGGCCGCCUGCCUGGACAUCCUGAUUCUUAGAAUUUGCACCAGGUACACCCCAGAGCAAGACACCAUGACUUUCUCAGACGGCCUCACCCUCAAUCGAACUCAGAUGCACAAUGCUGGAUUUGGGCCUCUCACCGACCUCGUGUUCACCUUUGCCAACCAGCUCCUGCCUUUGGAAAUGGACGACACAGAAACGGGCCUGCUCAGUGCCAUCUGCCUUAUCUGUGGAGACCGCCAGGACCUAGAGGAACCAACAAAAGUAGAUAAGCUACAAGAACCAUUGCUGGAAGCACUGAAAAUUUACAUCCGAAAAAGACGACCCAGCAAGCCUCACAUGUUCCCAAAGAUCUUAAUGAAAAUCACAGACCUCCGCAGCAUCAGUGCAAAAGGUGCAGAACGUGUCAUUACCUUGAAAAUGGAAAUUCCUGGAUCAAUGCCGCCUCUUAUUCAGGAAAUGCUGGAGAAUUCGGAAGGACAUGAACCCUUGACCCCAAGUUCAAGUGGUAACCCAGCGGAACACAGUCCCAGCAUCUCACCCAGCUCCGUGGAAAACAGCGGGGUCAGUCAGUCGCCACUGGUACAAUAGGAGCUUCCAGCUACUUCAGACAUUCCCCAGUACCUUCAGUUCCAGGAUUGAAAACGCAAGAACAAACAUUCUUACUGCUGCUUAGUUUUUGGACUGAAAAUAUAUUAAAACUCAAGAAGGACCAAGAAGUUUUCAUAUGUAUCAAUAUAUAUCCUCCUCACUGUGUAACUUAGAAAUACAAACUCCUCAACUUCUACAAAUCAGCCAUUUUGUGCAACCAGAAACUAGCUAAAGCUUCUAUUUUCCUCUUUGAACAUUCAAGAUUGCAUGGCAAAGAUCCGGUCAAAAUGAGUUACCCCUGGUUAAUUUUCUGAAGACUCUGUACAUACAGCAAUGUUCUUUCUAUACUGUAUGUUUGGUGCUUUCCUUUUGUCUUGCAUAUUCAACCUCACCAAGAUACCCAGGUUAUGAAAUAGACUACUGUCCACGUAAGAAGAGUUAACAAAAGAUACUUGUCUUGCUUCUGUGGGAUAAUCAAGACAUCAAGGUAAGGAAACAGGACUGUUGUACAGUGUGACAAUUUAAAGGUAUUCUAAUUUAGUUAGUAUGGAAGCUUGUCCUUGCUCUUUGAUGCUCUCCAAUUGCAUCUUUGUUUCAUGUUGCCCAGUAAGUAUACAAAUCCACUGUACUAGCAGAGAAAAUUCUGUAUCAGUGUAACUGCCAGUUCAGUUAACCAAAUGUCAUUUGUCCAAUUGUUAUUGUCACUUUAAAUUGAAAGUGGUUUAUUGUUUAAUGACAACUACAUGGUUUUAAAAGAAAAGAACACUACAUUUUUACAGUAAUGAUAGCCUCCAAGGCAAAAACACUCUUCAGUGUUAACUUUGUGUUUACCUGUACACAAGCCAUUAGGGGAAUUUCAUGGGCUAAUUAGUAGGCUGGUCAGCACCUGACCCAUGGACAACUAGUGUCCUUCCUGAGUCAUGCCUGAUACUGGGAUUUUUUUUCCUCCAGCCUUCUUGAUGCCACGGGGUUUGUAUGAACCCCCCGAGGCAUGGGCACAGAGUCGGCCUCCUCUGCCCUUGUUCGGUCACUAUGAAGCAGAGUGAAAGCUGUAGUAGAGUGGUAACAGAUACAAGGGCCUGUUCCUUAGUUCUCAUUUAAGCACUAGUGCAUUUUUUUUCUUGGUAUAUUAGCAAGUCUGUGAUGUACUUUCACUGGCUGUUUGUACAUGGAGAUUGUUUAACGAUGCUUUCUAUGUUCAUAUACUGUUUACCUUUUUCCAUGGAGUCUCCUGGCAAAGAAUAAAAUAUAUUUAUUUUAAA